GUGCGCGCGCUAUCACGUGACCGGGGCCGCCAUCUCCGCGUCUCGGCCCGCCGCGUCUCCCGCGUCGCUCUGCCGAGGGCGGCACGGCCAGAGGGGCACGGCUGGGACAGAGCCACGCCCGGCCGCCUUUGUCUCCCCAUUGCUGAUGUUUAUAACGCCACGACCAGUGCUGCCGCGCUGCGUCAGGCGCAGUCAUGGCUUCGCUGUUCGACCAAUACGAGGAUGCGCAGUCGCGGCCGGGGUACCAGCAGCAGCGGGCGAGCGAGCCCUUCAUGCAGUCUGGUAUUGUCAGUGCACGGCUUGAGGAUGAAACGCCCAUUUUCAGCAAAAAGAAGAUCAAUUUCACACCCACCCAGCCCAUCACCUACCUGGUCAUUUCCAACAACCAACUGUGUCUGGCGAUGGGGAAGAAUAUGCUGUUGAGAAUUGAUUUGGAUAACCCUGACAAGAUUGAUGAAUUGGAGGUCCUCAGGGCCCAGGAUGAUAAGAUACAUAAACUCUUCUUGGAUCCCACAGGUUCUCAUCUCCUAAUUGCGUUAGAAUCACAGGAGUGCCUGUACCUCAGCCGAAACUCCCGCAAAGCCAAAAACCUCUCCAAAUGGAGAAGCCACCUGAUUGAGUGUGUCGGCUGGAACAAGCUGGCAGGAAACGAAGUCUCUACGGGUCCCAUUCUGGUGGGCACGCGCACUGGCACCAUCUGGGAGUCUGAGAUCAGCUCCGCCGAUCAGGGUCUCUUUGGAAGCAACCCAGAUCAGUACUUCAAGCAUCUGUAUACCCUGGGGGAGGUUGACAGUCCCAGCCCAGUGUGCUGCAUUGAAGUGGAGAGGAUAGUUGAGGGAAAGUGCUUCAUCAUCGCUACCACAAAUAAACGCCUCUACCAAUUCUUUGCGGUUAUGCCCGAAGGAGGCGAGAACCCAGUGUAUCAGUCGGUCUUCAACAACUACAUGGAGGAGCCACCUGGAUUCCUUGAGUUUCCCGCUGAGGUCGGGUACUCGGAUCUGGCGCUGUACACCCAGAAGCUGCGCUCAUCCCCUCGCGCCUUUGCUUGGAUGACCGGCUCCGGUGUCUACUUUGGAUCCCUCGAUUACAAUCGGCAGGGCUCGAUGCUGGCCGAUGCACAGCAGUGGCCCUACCCUACCUCUAACGAUGGCGAUACGAAGCAGCCAAAUUCCAUCGUCCUCACUCAGUUUCACUUCCUGCUCAUGUUCCCUGAUCGCAUGUCUGCAAUAUGCACACUGAAUGGUCAGCUAACCUACGAGGAUAUUGCCCCCGUUAAAUUUGGCCGCCUGUUGAGAAUGAUCAAAGACCCAACGAAGGGCACAGUUUGGAGUUAUACGGAGAAUGCCGUUUUCCGGUAUUACAUUGCUCGCGAGUCGAGAGAUGUUUGGCAGAUGUAUCUCGGCAUGGGAAAGUUUGACCUCGCGAAGGAAUACUGCAAGGACAGACCAGAAUGCCUGGACAAGGUUCAGACAAAACAGGCCGAACAUUACUUUAAGACUGGAAAGUACAUCGAGAGUGCCAUGUACUAUGCACUGACCCACAGCUACUUUGAAGAAAUUGCUCUUAAAUUCAUCGAAGCCAAGCAAGAGGAAGCACUGAAAGUGUUUCUCACGAAGAAGCUCACGAACCUGAAGACAGAAGACAAGACACAGAUGACCAUGCUGGUCACCUGGAUCAUAGAGCUCUAUCUAAACAAGCUUGGACAGCUGAAAGACGACCGAGACUCGAGUUUCCCUGCUACGCAGGAAGAAUUUCACAAGUUCCUGAUGCAAAGCAAGCUAAAAGAAUGCCUUCAAAACAACCGUACAGCAAUCUAUGAAUUGAUUGCCAGUCAUGGGAAUGUGGAGGACCUGGUCUUUUUUGCAGUCCUGAUACAAGAUUACGAGCGUGUCCUCUCGCACCAUAUCCAGCAUGAGGAUUAUACGUUAGCUCUGGAGGUACUGGCCAGGCAUGGGGACAGGGACCUUGUGUACCGUUUCUCCCCCGUGCUGAUGCAGCACGUGCCUCGAGAGCUCGUGAAGACUUGGAUAGAGAUGGGCCGACGUCUGGAGCCCAGGCGGCUCAUUCCAGCACUGGUUAGCCAUCACCAGGCUCAGGGAAAUGAACAAGUGAACCAGGCAAUUUGCUAUCUAGAGUUUUGCGUGAACCAGCUGCACGUGGAAGACCAGGCCAUCCACAACUACCUCCUGUCUCUCUACGCUCGGCACGCACCCCACCAGUUGAUUACGUACCUGGAAAGCCAGGGGCAGAAUGCUCAGAACGUCGGGUAUGACCUCAAGUACGCCCUGCGGUUGUGUGCAGAGCACAACCUACAUCGUGCUUGUGUGCACAUUUACACAACUAUGGAGUUGUACGAGGAGGCUGUCGACUUGGCACUGAAGGAGGAUGUCGAACUGGCUAAGCUGAACGCGGAUCGCCCGGAGGAUGACGAGGACCUGCGCAAGAAGCUGUGGCUGAAGAUUGCACGCCACGUGGUGGAGGAGGAGAAGGAUGUGAGGAAGGCAAUGGCAUGUCUGCCUAACUGUGAUCUGCUUAAGAUCGAAGAUAUUCUCCCCUUCUUUCCAGACUUCGUCACCAUUGACCACUUCAAAGAAGCAAUCUGCAGCUCACUGCAAGAAUACAACAAGCACAUUGAGGAACUAAAGGAAGAGAUGGAGGAGGCGACGGAGAGCGCUAGACGUAUCCGUCAGGACAUCCAAGACAUGAGGAACAAGUACGGUGUGGUGAAUGCUCAAGAGAAGUGCGCUUCUUGCCUCUUCCCACUGCUCAAUCGGGGCUUUUACCUCUUCCCCUGCGGACACAUGUUCCACGGAGACUGCCUGGUGCGGGAGGUGUACCCACAUCUCUCGAGCAGCAAGAAAGCCACGCUGGACGACAUUCAGCGCAAGCUGGGGGAGACGUCACGAGACGCCCCGGGACGCUCCCACAAGCAGAAGGAGGCGAGCACCAGCAAUGCCCAGCAGUCACGAGAGACGCUGAAGCAAGAGCUGGAUGACAUCGUCGCAGUCGAGUGCGUCUACUGUGGGGAAAUAAUGCUCAAGUCCAUUGACAAACCUCUCAUAGAUGAGUCUGAUGCAAAGGAGUGGCUGUAAAUCGUUAUGAAGCUGUUCCUGAACGAUAAAAUAAAAAUAAGUGCAGGAAAGAGAGUAAUUGUAAUCUUUGUGGCAGCAGCAGCAAAUGAAUGCUGCUUAUGUAUGACUGAGAUGGUGAUAUCACAGCUUGCACGUUUUGAAAAAAUUAACGAUUUGAGCGGAUGAUUCUCAAAAAAACAUCCUUUAACAGCAAUUAACGAACUCGCUUGUGUUCUUGUAGUUGUAAUUGUUAAAAUGUUUGAUGGAAUUUUUAAUUUUAUUUGCAGAGCUUGUACAUGUUUUAGAAACCACGUACAUCAGGGUUUGAACAAGUGAAUGGAUUGUCCGUCCAUAGGGUAGCACCGGGGUUCAUCUGCUUUCCUGCUGCUCCAGUCAUUUAUUAGACAAAAUAAAAAAACCUUGCAAAUAAGUAUCUUACUCAAUACCAGGAUGUAUAUUUACACUUGUUUUGUCAAAUAAAUCCACUUCAUAUGCA